UCCGAGGGCGCCGCAUCGCCGUCUCGCCGAGUGCCUCACGGCCCGACGCUGAGCUUGAGCGGCGGAGCUGCGGCGCAUGGCACAAGGGACGAUGCAGGAGAGGAUGUCUGCGGCGACGGGCACUGCCGUCUGGCGCCGCAAGCUGCACGGGGUGUAGAGCCUCCGCCAACGCGCCCUGCCAGCCCUCGGUGUGCGUGGCCUUCAUCUGCCCUGCGCAGGCUUGCUCGCCUCUUGUCUCCUCGCCACGUCCUCACUCCUGCGUGCCAACCCCUUUCCGGCCUCUUCUCCUUCUCCUUCGUCGUUGAACCUCGCUGUGCGAGUGUUUCCAUCCCUGGCGGCGCCUCUUCUUCUUCGUGCCUCACUCGCUCUCUCGCGUGUGUGUUCCAUCUUUGCCUCUCCCCACAUCGUCUUGCCGGCCAAGAUGAUCGCUCCUUCCCCUCCUCCUGCCGCACUGGUGCCGCUCAACACGGCCCCGGCGGCCAAGCCGACGAUCUCGCACCGGCGCUCGCGGCACGGCGUGCUCCACGGCACGCGCCGCAAUGCCCGCGGUGCGGCGCUCGCGCUCCUCCUCCUGACGCCCCUCGCCACAGCCCUGGAUGUAGGAAGCGGCAGCGAGCUGGGCUCAACACCGGCUGAGGCUCGUCUGGCGUCGAUCUUCGCGCUCGGCGGCCGCUCGUCGCACCCGCUGGCCCGGCGCCAGGCGGCGGCGCACGGCGGCCUGCCCGGGCCCUUGCACUACGUCCCGCUCGCCCACGCCGCCGACGCGCUGGGCAAGCGCCAGACGCCCAAUGCGGCACGGCCUGUACCUAUCCCUGACGACGAGGCCAACGACAACCGCUUCGACACGUCCACCGUCGCCGUCGUCUCCUCGGCGGUGCGUGCCACCUCGGUAGCUGCGCCGACGCAGCGCGUGCCGCCGUCGAGCGCUGCUGCCUCGCAGACGCGUGUCAACCUCGCCGCCUCGGACACGCCCUCGUCGUCCGUAUCGUCGUCUGCGGCAUCGAGCAGCAGCACUACCAGCAGCGCAAGCAGCUCGUCAUCCUCGUCUGCAUCGUCCGCACGCCACAGCGCCAAGGCCUCGGCCACGUCGUCCAGCACGCCGAGCGCUCCCAGCGGCGACUUGCUGCACGGGCCCAACGCCAAGUUCGUCAUUGCCGGCAUUGCCGUCGGCGGCCUCGUCGCACUCUUCGUCCUCAUGGUGCUCAUCCGCUCGUGCACGCACGCCGCCAUGCGCCGCGCCGCCGUGCGCGAGGCGCUGCACGGGCCCAAGGCUGAGAAGCUAACGUCCGACGCGCCGCUGCGCAACGGCCGCUCGCUGCGCCGCGCCCUCACACGCCGCCUGCUCGAGGGCAGCAUCAAGCGCCGCGAGCGCGAGGGCACCGUGCUGCUCGAUGUCGGGCAGGACGUGCUGGCCGUGCCGGCGCGCGUGGCGCAGGAGUACGAGCGCGAGCGUGCGGCGCACUGGGCUGCGGCGCACGCUGUCGCUGGACCGGGCCGCCGCAUGCCAUUCGAGCCGCAGCUGGCGCUUGCGCGGGCCCGCGCCCGUGUCGAGCAGGCGGCACUCGCCGAGGCCGGCGGGCGUGCAGCGCCGGAGAGCACCAACGUCGGCCAGUGGCGCGCCAGCCUCGUCGACGAGAAGCACGAGGCGGCGCCGCCGGUGCCGCAGCGCAGCCAAAGCAUCAGCCAGCGCCUCGCCGCCGGGCUGCGUGGCCUCGGCGGCCGCUCGCGCCCCGACGGCGAGACCAUCGACGAGGAGGCGCCGCGCUCGGCGGCACGCAUCGCGCCGGGCAUGCCGGGGCACGAGCUGAAGAAGCAGCGCUCCUUCGACUCGGACUCGUCUGGCGCCUCGUGUGCCGAGGUGCUGCAGGGCGACGCCAGCUGGACGAUUGCACCGCGCGCCGACGCCGCCGAGGCAGGCAUCGUCGACCAGGAGCGUGCGCUGCGUAUCCGGCCGGACGCGGCCCUCUCGCACCCGCGCAUUUCCCUCUCCGAUGGCCCUGCGCCGGCGCCGGUGCCGAAGCUCGGCCGCAGCAAGACGCGCGGCGGCUCGUACCGCCACAAGGCGGCGCAGCCGAUCCCCGCCUCGAGCCCGGCCAUGGCCAUUGCGGCGCGCAUCAACAGCAGCACCAAAAUGGGCUCGCCACGCCUGAUGCAGGAGCGCUCGCAGCCGCCGCUGCCGCACGUCACGCCGCGCCCCGAGAAGCCGGCGCCGGCGCGCACUGAGCGCGAGGGCAACCCGCUGCCGCUGCCGCCCAAGAUCAGCCCGUAGGCUGCGUGUUCCGUCACCCUAGCAAUAGCAUAAUCCCUCUA